UCUCAACGACACAACACGCACUUAAAGUAAAGGUGUAGCCCAGUGUUAAUGAAGCUGCUCUCAUGUCAACUGAUGGCCCAGAGGCAACGGACUGAGUAAAGUCCUCAUUUAUUCGUUACUUUUAGUACAAGUGUUCAGCAGUAACUUCCAGCUAAGCGUCGGAGAGUUUUCUUGUAAAGGACGAAGCAGCAACGCCCCGGGGCCGAAAUUAAGCACUCACUAUGUCUGAUGGGGACUAUGAUUACCUCAUCAAAUUCCUAGCCCUCGGUGACUCCGGCGUGGGAAAAACGAGCUUUCUCUAUCAGUACACAGAUGGGAAGUUUAACUCCAAGUUCAUCACUACAGUCGGAAUUGACUUCAGAGAAAAACGAGUUGUUUACAAAUCAAUGGGUCCAGAUGGGACAUCAGGCAAAGGACAGAAGAUCCACAUGCAGCUGUGGGACACUGCAGGACAAGAGAGGUUUCGGAGUUUGACGACUGCGUUCUUUAGGGAUGCGAUGGGUUUCCUCCUCCUGUUUGACCUCACAAAUGAACAAAGUUUCCUCAACGUCCGAAACUGGAUGAGCCAGUUACAGGUUCAUGCGUACUGCGAAAAUCCAGACAUAGUUCUGUGUGGCAACAAAUGUGACCUGACAGACCAGAGAGCAGUGAGUGAAGAAGAGGCCCGCGAGCUGGCAGAGAAGUACGGAAUCCCUUAUUUCGAAACGAGCGCUGCAAACGGACAGAACGUCAAUGAGGCUGUGGAUGUCCUGCUGGACCUCAUCAUGAAGAGGAUGGAGCGAUGUGUUGACAAGUCCUGGAUCCCUGACGGGACCGUCAGAGCCAAUGGACCCACCAACCCAGACAUCUCAGAGGGCUUGGAGAGGAGCAAAUGUGCCUGUUAGGAUGGCGAGGAGCCAUUUUAGUUGCCCAUGUGCAUAAUGCUGAUGUAAAAAAUAGGUCGUCCAAGUUUAUAUGUUGUAUUCUGUGUUAGGAAAAACUUAAUAAUUUGUGCCCAUUACUGAUAUUCGAUCAGACAGACUGUAUUGUAUGUCAGUACAGAAUGAAGUCAUUAGGUUUCAUAUCAUGGGUCUUUAAUUAAUUCAUAUUGGUUGAAAGUGUGGGAUAUUUAUUUGUUACAAUGCCUAAAUGUCCAACUUCUAUUCAGCUCUGUCAGUUGAAUAUGUUGAUCGAAUUUUCAGGUAUAAACUUUGAGCUCUGUGUUGCAGCAAAGUGAGCUGCCAUGCCAGCUGUGUUAUAAAUAAUACUGUUGAUACUCUUUACAUGCUGAAGGGUUUGCAUGGAGUCACACUCAUGGAGUUAAAUCAAGAAAGGAGUCACAUGUAUUUCUCUUCCUACAGCCAGGCAAGUGUUUACUGUGACACCUACAGUCACCUUAUUUCACUGUGGAUAUACUUUUAUAUCUUUAGAUAAGCAGCUCGAGUUUGUACUAUCAGUGCUCUGCUCAAUGUGCAGGUUUAGUGCUGCAGUCGCACCAGUACUACAGCCAGAAAAAAAUGAAGCUCUCAUUGACCAUUCGGAAUUGAUUAGAUGGACAAUUAACACUUGUUUCCUUUUCUUAAUCAACACUCAUGUUUGUACGCCUGCAGAACGUGAAUCAUGGAAUAUAGUUUGACCAAAUCAUCGACAUUUCAUUAGUAAGCACAGUGACAGUUUUUUCCAAUACUUACAUUUUUCAUCUUGCUGUAUAAAAGAUCUAUGCAAAUGUAUAUUUGAAAGAAAAAUGUCCCUACUUUGACUGUUUGUGUUAUUCAGAUUUACCUUUUAAAACUAGAGUAUAAGAUUUUGGACAUUCAGGAUUCAGGUUUGAAAGAUAAAAAUAUGGCAACUGGACAAUUUACUUUUUGAUUCUUAAACUGCAGAGAUGAAGCUUUGCCUUUCGAGAAAAUAGUUUCUUACUCUCCUAAAACAUUAAUUCUGAGACAGGAAGAGCAGAGGUGGUAUUUCACACAACAAAUACCAUAAAUUUGACUAUUGUUUUAUUGCCUCGGUUGAACAGUUUGCUGUUAGGUGCCAAAAGGACGCUCCAUUUAUAAAAAUCUCUAAACCUCAGUAGAUUGUUGGAUUGUUUUGUUUCAGGUAUUCAUGUGACAAUAUGCGAACAAUGCAAUGUAGAUUUUGUAUUAGGCAAGCAUUGUUUUUUCCUUUUUUCCACUCCUUUUAAUAAGGAAGGAAACAAAAUGGAGUUUGGUUUACCUUUGCAAUGUGCAUUUAAAAUCCUAGUAAUUACCACUUCAAAUCAGUUUAUAAGUACACUGAUAUUUUAUAUUUUACAUAAAUUGAGAGUAUUUACACUUAGUAAAACACUGAAAUGACACUGUGAGAAUAUUUGUCCCAACUGUGUUUAACAGUAUCACACACAUACACAUUAUAAUACACUGUCAUUGUUUUCUGUAUUAAAAAAAGUAUAUAUACUCACUCUUUAAAUUAACAGAUUAUAUGUCACGAAAACUGAAUUUGAUAUUAGUAAAACUAAAUGAAAAUCUUCUUUCAAUUGUGCCAAACACUUUCAUGUGCAAAAUAUGUAAAUUUUGUCCAAAAAUAAACAUUUUUAUUUAUGUA